AUGCCUAACGUGUCGGUGUAUUUUACCCAUCUGGAUGGUGGUGCGCUGCAAAAAUUGGUUUCAGUUGAUGGCCUCCCACAAGGCCAGAAGAGUGCGGGUGUGGUGGCAGCCAUGAUCCUGGGAUCCUGGGCCAUGCUCGUCCAGCUGCUGCAUACAAACGGAGCCGACGUGCAUGCGGUUGCAGGGCUUAAGUCGGAGCUCGCAUCUCGUUACGGACGAGGUGGUGUUGAAAGCGCUCAGUGCAGUGAUCUUAAUGAGCCUAUUUCGAGAUUCCUCUCUCUCUCUCUCUCUCUCUUCUCUCGGAGUCUGCGAAUUCCUUCCCCGUGCAUCUUUAAUAUUAUAUAA